AUGGACCCCGUCAAGUCGUCAACAUCAAAUCCAGGUUCUCCUCCCCUGGAGUCCAAGCACCCCCCCUCCUCCACAUCUCCCAGCAAAGAAGACCAGUCAUCGCAACCGCCCAAGAAGGCAACAGCAAGGAAGAGGACAAAGACCGGUUGUUUGACCUGUCGUAGACGCCGAAUCAAGUGUGACGAAGGCAAGCCGACAUGCAACAACUGCAUCAAGUCGAAGCGAAACUGCGAAGGGUAUAGCCAGAGGCUCACCUUCAAGGAGCCUCUGGGCUCCUUUCCUUCCGGUCAUCUCUAUAGCCAUCCUGUCUAUCACCCGCAAGCUCAAGAUGCCCUUUUCGGCGCGCAGAAACCGGCAGCACAAAUCAAAGCGUCAUCGUCCCGAGCACCGCUCGCCAUCAUCACCCCGAAACCCCCACCGGCGGAUUUUUCUUCAGGGGCGCGGUCUCUUCAGUUUGGGCAGGAGGGGGGGUAUGGACCCCCGUCGACUGCUGGAGGCUCCGCUUUCAACAACCACGCGGCGCAAUUACCGACUCCCCCGGUUCUGGGCCCCGAUUCGGGCCUCGUUGCCGAACAUUUGUCGCCCUCUACGCAGAGGGGGUCACUCUCCCUUCAUGGAGGGUCGUCCUUCGGCGCCCAGGCAACGGUCAUGCAAGGCUUUGGGAUUCACCCAACGAUGGCAGCAGAUGCGCCUCCUGUUUUUGCUAGCCACCAUGCGCCCGUCUCUGGCCCCGGGCAACCGCUUGUAACUCCCCAAAGCGGCGGCGGUACAAUCGAUCGGCCCUUGGGUGGCGAGCGGGAUUACUGGCAGUCGGAUGAUGAGGCGUCAAUGGCAGACUCGGGGGACGAGGAUGCGCAUCCGGACCUUCAUCUUCCCCAUCUCGAGUCGAAUGACCUUGGGAUACAGGUAGCUCGACGACUAGAGCCGCAUCGCGACUUGUAUGGGGUGCGGAUCCGAUCGUUCGGCGGCAUGGCCGAAGAGAAUAUCCUCGACACGUACACGCCAUCGUCAGCCAGCUCACCCCUGAACGACUCUCAGACGGCGACCGUGUUCUGGUACUUCGUCAAUGUUACGGGCCAGAGCAUGUCGCUGUACGAGAGGCAUCCCUUUGAUCCUACUCCUAUGUUCCACGGCCAUCCCGUUCCGAAACAGCGCCAACACAUAUGGACUUAUACCUUCCCGAUCAUGGCGUUUAACCAUCCCGCGCUGAUGCAGGCCAUGCUUGCCCUGGGUAGCCUGCAGAUGGCAAAACUACAGGAUUCCCCCCCUACGGCGGCCAUGAAGCACUACCAUCUGAGCCUCAGGCGAAUAGCGAAGAACUACCAGAGCCCCCAAAAACGUACCCAGCCGGCCACGUUGGCAGCCACGCUCCUGCUCGGCUUCUACGAAGUCUGGAACUCGGACCACGACAAGUGGUGCAAACACCUGUGGGGCGCGCGCGCCGUGCUCAGGGACAUUCCCCUCCGACGGCAGACGUGUGACGUACUCGCAUACAAACGGAGGCGGUGGCAGCAGCUGAUCCGAGGUCACCACGUCGACCCGGGGGCGGUCGAUACCGAACUCAUCUUCCAGUUAUCCGGCCAAAUGGUCAGCUAUGACAACACCGCGCAGGGCCACGUUAUCGACGAUUCGACCGGUCCGACGCGCAUCACCGAGCGGGACGUUGAGAAAUACGAACAAAUGCGCGACCUGUACUGGUGGUAUUGCAAGAUGGACGUUUACCAGAGCUUUCUCGGGGGGACGCGGCCAUUGAUGGAAUACAAGGAAUGGACGCAAUGCGUACCCCGCGGUUCAUUUGGGAGGAUGGACUCGAUUUCUGGAACAUUCGAUUACCUUAUUCUCCUGCUCGGGCGGCUAGCAGAUUUUGCCUCUCGGGAUCUAGCCCGGAAGCGGAGGGCCAGAAAGGCCCAGGGCCCCGGGCCGGGGCCGGGACCGGGCCCGGGACUGUCACCGGGAUCGUCGGCUUCGGGAACCGGGGGCGGUGCCUCUCCUCCUUUCGCGCAAGGCCCUCCGGGAGCAGGCCGCGGGAACUCACCCCCGUCGUUCCCCGGCCUCAUGCCGACCUCCGGCCGCGUGACGGUACCGCGGGGCUUUACCCCGCCCCCCGAGUUCUCACCGGGCAGCGAACCGGCAGAAGGCAUGGACCUCGACGCCUCCACGGCCAAGGCAAUGCGGGAAUGGGAAGAAAUCCGGCAAGCCUUCGAGGUCUUCCGGUCGCGUCUCGGGCCGGACUUUGAGCCCAUGGGCCCGGACUUUGCGCCUCCCGAGAUGACCCCGUUCGGGCCGGCGCUGGUGUACCGGACGUACGGCAUCGCCGGCGUCUGGAUGAACUACUACAUGGGUCUGAUCGUCCUGCACCGCGCCCACCCGUCGAUGCCGCCCGUCGCCGUGGCGGCCGCGGGCAUGGCAGCGCAGCGGACGGGCAGGUGGGCCAACGAGAUUGCGCGGAUAUGCGCGGGCGUGCACGAGGACACGACCCAUUUGGCCGCCAUCAGCACGCUGUUUCAGGACCUCGCCCAGCGGCACUGGACGAUCCGCCGCCUGCGCGAUAUCGCCCGGCUGACGGGGUGGCAGUCGGCGCGGCAGAUCGCCGACGGUUGCGAGACGGGCUGGAACAGGGCGGCCGAGAUGGGCCGCGGCCCGCCCUACCACAGUCCGCCCGAGCUGGGCCCGCUCUUCCCGGACUCGGUGUGGAACCGGCCGCGGCGCAUCGACCGGCGCAUCCAGGAGCUCGGGGCCGGCGAGAACCGGCUGGUGCUGGCAAGAUCGGAGCAGGCGCACUACGCCCUGGGCCUGCUGAGCGUCGAGAGGGACUUGUAUACCUUGGAUAUCGGAGAUGAUGCGGAGGGAGAGGAAGAGGCGGAGCGGUGA